AUACCUGACUUCACUCUUUAACAAUCAUCAUCAUCACAACACUUUUAAAAGUAUGAAGACAGAGAGAGAGGAGAGGAAGGAAGAGGGGACUGACUCAUCAUUGGCUACUGCAGCCAUGGCAGUUGCGGUUGCUGCAGCUGUUGCGGAGGAGGAUAAAUUGUGGUGCGGCGGAAUGGUGGAGGAGAUGACAUGGAGCACCGUGUGGUUGCCUUUUUGGGACGUUGAGUUUGUUGAAAGAAACUACAGUUUGCUGUUCAAUGAUGUUGCUUGGGACGAUGAUAUUUGGAACCUCAAGAACCUAACUCAUUCGUCAUAGCCAUUUUCUUUAAGAAAAAUAUCGGAUUUAUAGUUUAUUAUGUAUAAUUUUUGUUAAUUACUGUCCUUCGAUGGGGUUGGUUCGAAAGUAACUAUCUUUAGAUUUAAGAAUUAGUCCGCUUUUUUAAACUGUGUUUGUGCGUUAAUAAAUAACUAGAGCUUGAUCCUACUAGUU